AUGAAGCUGUGCAUUGCGGGAGUGUCAGGGAUAUACUACUGUGCCACAAACUUCACAUCAUUCUCAGGGACGAGGAAAGCAUUUGUCACCAAGGCUGUGUGUCUCUUUUUCUCCGUGCUGGCCACCUUCCUCUGCAUCAUCGCCACCACCUUCCCCGUCAUCCACCUCAGCCGCAUCUUCACCUACGCCUCAUGUCGCCGCUCCGACAACAACUGCUUGUGUUCCAUGACAGCUGACUUUGAGUCCCGAGUGUUUGAAUAUUUCGAGGUGGAGGACUGUCGUAUCAUCCAGGAGGAAGUGAGACUGUACCUCCUCAUCGUGGGAGGGCUGUGUCUGCUAGGGUUCGUCAUAUCACUGUGGUUUGUCAUACUUGUGUGGCAGGCCCGAUACGGCAAGUUUUAUUCAGGACUUCGUCGGCAACAAUCAUUAAAGAACUAUUUAAGGUGAUGUGAUAGAACCUAUGGAAUGAAUGACGUAUUGACACUUAUCUUCUUUAAGGGCAUGACUGUUUUGUUAAAAACUAGGUCCUGGUCAGGAAGACGUGAUGAUAGUCUUGAACUUUGACUAUCCUGGAGUUCAAUACUUGAGGUGAUUGGGUACACGAUUGCUCUGGUAUGAAUGACUUUGUAGUGAACUAGAUGUUUAUCCAUGUUCAGGGCUGCAAGGUGUUGCGAAUAUGCCCUUAUCAUGAAUAUGUGACAAUUUGGUGUAUGUCUAAUGUACAAGUAUGAGGUAUGUUCUGUUAAUGAGAAAUCAUUGAAUCAAUUUAGCUGUUUUCAGGUACCGAUCUUGAAUUAAACAUCUUCACAUUUUGAACAUACACUGAUCUAUUGACAUAAAACCCCAAGCAACAAGGGAUACUGAGACAUAAUGUUAUAAUGGAAUCCGUGCAAGUUUAGUCAAGGUUGAAACUUGUUAAUUAACUCAUCAUGAAUUUGAUUAAGUUGUUUGUUUCAUGGAGCACCUGUUCAUCUGCCUGCCAGACAUGCCUACUUCUUCACAGUGUGAUGAAUAAGAAACGUUUCCCACAGCAAAAGGUUCACUAGUUUGUGUUGUAGCAGGUUGUAGCUUCUGGUAGAUAAUGGUGGCACUUUUAGGGCGAGGUGAAUCCUGCUUGUAUUACAUAGACACAUGCCAGGAAGAGUUAUCUCCCAUGACAAGGCAUUGGUCGAUGAUACCAGGCCAGGCAGCAGGGACCCAUAUUCCACAAAGCAAUCUUAGCGCUACGAUUGUCGUAAGUCUGUUUAAAGUAUGGAAGUUAUGAUCACCUUAGAGCUAUGAUCGCUGCGUGGAACGGGGCCCUGUAGAGUGUGAAUUAUGGGGGUGCAUUCCUCAGACUCGUCACCCUGUCGACCAGUGUUAUACAUGACGAACCAAUCAGAAAAUGACACCAAAAAAUAAAACACAUAUUUGGGGAGGGUCAUGAAAAAAUGACAUUUUAAAAAUCUUUGUUUGACAGAAUAUUAUUUCAGCCAUUGUUCAAGACAUACUGAAACGAGGAGUCAAAGAAUAUCUUUUUCCUCAAACACAUUAUUUCACAGCAAACUUGAGGAGAGACUAUUUCUUCCAAGGUUAUCAGAAACACAUUAUUUUUAAUAAAAAAUACCAGGUGCCCCUCCCCACAGAGAAUAUAGAGUGAUUGUCCCCUGACCCAGCAGGUGAUGCCUGUCUCUGGUCUCAUGUAGCACAGUUGGUGAAAGGGGGACGGGUCAGCAGAGCACUGGGUUUGUUCCAGAAUGAACGUGCACGCCCAUCUGUACCCAUGUAUGAGGUAUAGGGCUGACAGUGUCUCCAUCAGCAGACACAGCAGUUUAUUUAUCAGGAAAGCAUUGUCAGCAGCCAAAGUCUUCAAGUGAUGUGCAUUCAUUUAAAUCAACUCAGCCAUGACACGACAUUACUUAAUGAUUAGUCAAGUUGAUUUCUAUGAUGUUUUCUAUGAUGUUUACCAACAACUGAUUGUGUCUGUUACAUGACACUCACAGAAGACAUUGUACCUGACAACUGAUUGUGUCUGUUACAUGACACUCACAGAAGACAUUGUACCUGACAACUGAUUGUGUCUGUUACAUGACACUCACAGAAGACAUUGUACCUGACAACUGAUUGUGUCUGUUACAUGACACUCACAGAAGACAUUGUACCUGACAACUGACUGUGUCUGUUACAUGACACUCACAGAAGACAUUGUAUCUGACAACUGACUGUGUCUGUUACAUGACACUCACAGAAGACAUUGUACCUGACAACUGACUGUGUCUGUUACAUGACACUCACAGAAGACAUUGUACCUGACAACUGACUGUGUCUGUUACAUGACACUCACAGAAGACAUUGUACCUGACAACUGAUUGUGUCUGUUACAUGACACUCACAGAAGACAUUGUACCUGACAACUGAUUGUGUCUGAUCACAUGUUACUCACAGAAGACAUUGUAUCUGACAACUGACUGUGUCUGUUACAUGACACUCACAGAAGACAUUGUACCUGACAACUGACUGUGUCUGUUACAUGACACUCACAGAAGACAUUGUACCUGACAACUGACUGUGUCUGUUACAUGACACUCACAGAAGACAUUGUACCUGACAACUGAUUGUGUCUGAUCACAUGUUUUUCUUAAUCUCCAUAAUGCAGAUCAAUCAAUAAGUGCACAUUCAAUUCAGGAGCAGUCAAUAGUCAAUAUUACAUAAGAUGUCACCAACUUAUUGAUAUUUUUAAUUUGUAGGACUCAUUUUGUAAUAGAUCUUUUUAACCAUUCACAACUGGGGAUCACUGUUCACGUCUCAGCACUUAUUCUCAAGUGGGUACUAUCUUCCAUAGGAACAGUUCUCUUCUGUUGCCAAGUUACUCUCAGGUAUUAAAAGCUGCUGUAACCAUGGAGACUGUGUUGCUAUGACAACCAUUGUUUACAUGCCCAUACGUGAAGGGAUUGUUUAGUCCUUGGUUUGUAAAUUUAUCCAUCAUUCAGAUAUUUCCCUUUCUCGAGCAGUUUGUUCAGUAAAUGUAAACAACUAAUUAUCAUCGGUAGCUAGGUACCUGAGAAAAUGUCCAUUCAAAAAAUGUUUGCUCUUGGGGGAAGAUGAAAGUGUUAUCAUUGAAUUUGUAUUUGAGCACAUGAACUUGCAGCCUGUAAUAACACAGCUGAUUUUCAUUACUAAGACUUCUCGAACUUCAAGUAGAUAUUUCAGAUUUCAAAUCCUCUCUAUCUCCAGGGUGGCAUCUAGGAAAACCUGCACUAACCCCGGGUUUCAUUCAUGGGGUUGUCACAAUCUCAAACUAACCACCUGGAUUUUCAGUAACAUUUACUGACCAAUCAAAUGUCGACGAAAGGGUAAGGAAGGUAACUCAUAUUACCAAGAAGCCAAACCCACCGCCAAUUUUGAUGGACAUGAAGACAUCCUGUCCAUCAAAAAGAUUUUUAGGGCUUUUUUUUUAUUUCAGUCUGUUUUUCAAUGUUGAAUUUUUUGCAAAUUCUAUUUUAAUGAAUGGGACUGGCUACCAUGUUGUUGAUGUCGCCAUCCAAACAUUGAGGCUGGUUUGUAACUCGCAUUCUGAUUGGUCCGUUAGAGAUCGUGAGAACCAUGGGAAUGGAUCCACGAGUUAGAAAAAGUUUACCGAUAUGAGAGCCCUGGAGAUAUAUAGGAUACUGACUUUAGGACAGAUAGAGAGUAAGUUAUUCUAUGUACAGCUGCAAGCUCAUGAUUUGAGGUAUUUACUGUGUAAAGCUACUGAGAGAUUUUGUAUAUUUAUGUGGCAUUAUUUAUGAUGUAUUUCAUGUUUGCAGAUGUUCAGUUUGCAGGGCGAGAGUUGUCUCCCUUUGUAACUGGUUCUCAUUCUGGCGGUUGUGAUCACAUGGAAGUUGAGUCUGUGUCCUGUUUGUUAUCAUGCUUGGUCAGUGUUGGACGACCAUCUUGUUCUUGUAGAGAUGUCCAACUGGUCUGUUUUUGUGAGUUGUUUUAGCGUGACAAUUUUUUAGAUGCAAAAUAUACAUGUUAACAGCCAUAUAAUAAAAAUCACAGUUUUGUUUUAGGAGCCCACUAUAGUCUUUCUCAUGUUUAAAUAUGACUUGUUUUAUUUGCUAAUUAUUUACCAGUCAUGCUGCAGUAGGCAAUAUUCCACUUAUAUCACGGCUGUAAAUAAUAAACAAACCAGUGGUUGAUAUUAGGAGCAAUGUCUGACACCAUCAGUGUAUGACAACAGGCAAGCCAUUUAGUCCCCUCCUACAAGAAUUGGUUACUGGGGACAAUGUCUGAAACACAGCAGUGUAAACUGAGAGCUUUAAGGGCCAGUACAAAAAACUGCAGGUCCAAACAUUAUAGCUGAAGUAGGGAGGCAUACUCUUGCAAUAUGUGUAUUACAAAACUCAACCAGUCAACCAGGGACUCGGUGGUGAUAGAUGAAGCCUUGAUGUCUGAAAGUAGAUUUUAAUGAGCCCCACCCUAAGAGGUCAGCUCUUACCUUGGUCCAGGUCGCCAUGACAUAGCCGCAGUCAUUCUGGUGAUGGUGUCGUUAUUAAUUACUUUCUAAAACCAACCAUGAAAACAGACCAGUCAUCACAAUUAAUACUGUAUAGUUUCCGUACAUAAUUGCUGGUUUUUAUUUUUUAUUUCAAUUAUUGCGCUGUUUGGUUGUUAACUGGAGGAUAUAUGGAAUAGAACCCAGAAGUGUGAAACAAGCAAACACUGUGACACUGGACUGUGGGUUGUCUAAUGAAUGUACAGAUGAAUUUACACAGUUACAAACAUUUUUAGAGAAACUUAUGUUUGAGUCACUGAAAAAUGGCAGUUUAUUUAUUCAGCCUAGGCUGGAGUACAAUGUACAUCUUACCACUGUUUGUUGUUGAUGUGCAGACCGUGGUUCGUUGGGUUCUGGAAUACCUCAGCAGGAAGUAGGAUGUCAGAAGUGCACAUUAAAUUAUUCCAUAGAAGUA